AUUUUGAAUAUUUCAGAUUGAACAGAAAUUUCAGGGAUCGGUAUCGUUUAAAGAUGUGACUGUGGGUUUCACUCAGGAGGAGUGGCAGCACCUGGACCCCAGUCAGAAGUCUCUGUAUAGAGAUGUGAUGCUGGAGAACUAUAGCAACCUUGUCGCAGUGGGAUAUUGUGCUACCAAACCAGAGGUGAUCUUCAGGCUGGAGCAAGGAGAGGAACCAUGGAUAUUGGAAGAAUUCCCAACCCAGAGCUUUCUAGGAUUCCUUUCAGGGUACUAAAUUACAUUUAGUUGUUACAUCUCUUAAGGCUCCUCUUGGUUCUGGUUUCACAGACUUUCCUUGUUCUGGAUGAUCUUGACAGUUUGGAGGAGUCCUGGUGAGAAAUCUGGAAAACUGAUCACCUGAAAGAGAAGAGCAAAGAAAACCAGCCUAAACAUUUGUGGGAAGUUGUUUUCAUCAAUAACAAAAUGCUGACUAAGGAACGAGGUAAUGUAAUAGGAAAACCAUUUAACAUGGACAUACAUUCUUUUCCUUCUGGAAAAAUUUUCUGUCAUUGUGACGCAUGUGGAAUGAAUUUCAGCAAUAUUUCACAAUUGGUUAUCAGUAAGAAAAACUACUUAGGAAAAAAGCCCGAUGAAUUUAAUGCCUGUGGAAAAUUGUUACUCAAUAUUAAGUAUGAGAAAACUCAUACUAGAGAGAAAAGUGAAUUAUUUAAAAAUAGAACACUCAGUCAUUAUGAGGACCCUCUGCAGCAUGAGAAGAGUCAGUCUUUAGAGCAAAAUUUUGAAUAUAACAUUUGUCAAGAAACCUUACCUGAAAAGGCAAUAUUCAGUACACAAAAGAGAAAGAACAAAGAAGUAAUUGACUGUGAAUAUAAUGAAUAUGGGAGAACUUUCUAUGAGAACUCAUCCCUCUUGUUCCAUCAGAUACCUCCUUCAAAGGAAAAUCACUAUGAAUUUAAUGAUUGUGAGAAAUCCUUAUGUGUAAAUUCUACCUUUUUGAAACUUCCUGGGGUGCAUAUGAAACACUAUGUAUACAAUGAAAGUGGGAAUAAUUUCAGGAGGAAAUUAUACCUCUCACAACUUCAGAAAGCUCAUAAAGGAGAGAAACAUUUUGAAUGUAAUGAGUGUGGGAAAACUUUCUGGGAGAAGUCACACCUCACUCGACAUCAGAGGGUGCACACAGGAGAGAAACGCUUUCAUUGUAAUGAAUGUGGAAAAACUUUUUGGGAGAAAUCAAACCUCACUAAACAUCAGCGGUCACACACAGGGGAGAAACCUUAUGAAUGUAAUAAAUGUGGGAAAGCCUUUAGCCACAAGUCAGCCCUCACAUUACACCAGAGAACACAUACAGGGGAGAAGCCCUAUCAAUGUAAUGCAUGUGGGAAAACAUUUUACCAGAAGUCAGACCUCACUAAACAUCAGAGAACACACACAGGGCUGAAACCCUAUGAAUGUUAUGAAUGUGGAAAAUCUUUCUGUAUGAAUUCACACCUUACAGUACAUCAGAGAACUCACACAGGUGAGAAACCAUUCGAAUGUCUUGAGUGUGGGAAAUCCUUUUGUCAAAAGUCUCAUCUUACACAGCAUCAGAGAAUUCACAUAGGAGAUAAACCUUAUGAAUGUAAUGCAUGUGGGAAAACUUUCUAUCACAAGUCAGUACUCACCAGACAUCAGAUAAUUCAUACAGGUUUGAAACCUUAUGAGUGUUAUGAAUGUGGGAAAACUUUCUGCUUGAAGUCAGACCUCACGGUACAUCAGAGAACUCACACAGGGGAGAAACCCUUUGCAUGUCCUGAAUGUGGGAAAUUCUUCAGCCAUAAGUCAACCCUAUCUCAACAUUAUAGAACACACACAGGGGAGAAGCCCUAUGAAUGCCAUGAAUGUGGAAAAAUAUUUUACAAUAAGUCAUAUCUAACUAAACAUAAUAGAACACAUACUGGGGAGAAACCCUAUGAAUGCAGUGAAUGUGGGAAAACCUUCUGCCAGAAGUCACAACUCACUCAACAUCAGAGAAUUCACAUAGGAGAGAAACCCUAUGAAUGUAACGAAUGUGGAAAAGCCUUCUGCCAUAAAUCAGCUUUAAUUGUACAUCAGAGAACCCAUACAGAAGAGAAGCCCUAUAAAUGUAAUGAAUGUAGAAAAUCUUUCUGUGUGAAAUCAGGACUUAUUUUACAUCAGAGAAAACACACAGGGGAGAAACCCUAUGAAUGUAAUGAAUGUGGGAAAACCUUCAGUCACAAAUCAUCCCUCACAGUACAUCAUAGGGCUCACACAGGAGAGAAAUCUUGUCAAUGUAAUGAAUGUGGAAAAAUCUUUUACCGAAAAUCAGACCUUGCUAAACAUCAGAGAUCACAUACAGGAGAGAAACCCUAUGAAUGUAACACAUGUGGAAAAACCUUCUCUCAAAAGUCAAACCUCAUUGUUCAUCAGAGAACACAUACAGGAGAAAAACCUUUUGAAUGAAAUGAAUGUUAGAACUGUUUAGUCAGAAGUCAGCCUCCACAGCACUUGAAAGUAGUCACACUGUGAAGAAAGCUCUGUUGACAUCCUUAAUGUUUUGUAACCUUUGUCACAACUGGCCUUAUUUUAUUCCAAAGUAAGAAUGGGGGGUGGAGGAUAGACCCAUAGACUACAACAAAUAUAGGACAGCCUCUGUUAAAGAAGUGAUAUUUCACUGAAUGUCAGGUGGUUAAUAUUAGUAUAACAUCUUGCAGGUUUUUUGAAUUUGGAAAUGCUUUUGACAAAAAUACAAACAAGAUUGUGUCAGAGUUUACAUUGAGGGGAAAUUUGUCAAUUUAAGAAAUUGAAAUUGAAAAUUUUGCUUAGAAAUACUAUAAAAUUACAAGUUGUGUUUUGA